GAGGCUUGCAGAGAGAGGGAGAGGAGACCAGAUGAGAAGAUUUUCUGUGCAUAGCAGAGGCCAGAGAUUCAGAGGAACUCUAAUUCAGAGCACGAUGGCAGAGGAAAUCGUAAGCAGGGUGAUUUCAUUUGCUACUGAGCUGAUCGGCAAUGCUCGGAGCUGCAAGGAGGAGCUGAGAGGGCUUGGUGAAUCAUUAACCAUGAUUCGAGCUGUUUUGACUGAUGCCGAGAGAAGACAAGUGAGAGAUGAGUCUGUGAAGCUUUGGCUCCAAAAGCUUGAAGAUGUUGCUUAUGAAGCUGACGAUGUGCUGGACGAGUUUAUGUACGAGAAUCUCCGGCAAAAGAUAGAGGUCGAAAACGAACGGAAGAGAAAGGUAAACUUCAUCGACCCAUUUAUUUUCAGUCUCUCCAUGGCGAAAAAAAUUAAGGCUGUUCAGGAAAAACUAGCAAAAGUAAAUGGGUUGGCAAAUGGGUUUGGACUUGCUAGAAUAUUGUCAGUAGAUUCAAAUGUUGAGAUUGUUCCAACUAGAGAGACAGACUCCUUUCUUGAUCAUUCAGAAGUUGUAGGAAGGAAAAGUCAAGUUUCAAAAAUAGUGAGCUUGCUGACUAGUGCAACCAAUCAACAACUCUCCGUCAUUCCUAUAGUCGGCAUGGCUGGUUUGGGAAAGACAACUUUUGCAAAACUAGUGUACAAUCAUGAGCUAGUAAAAAAACAUUUUGAUAAGACAAUGUGGGUAUGUGUCUCUGAUGAUUUUAAUGACAAAAAUAUUUUAAGAGGGAUUCUUGAAUCCCUUACUAAUAACUCAAGUCUUUCAGUAAGUAAGAAUACGGUACUUCAAAACCUUCAAAAAGAGUUGCAGGGGAAAAAAUAUCUUCUAAUUCUUGAUGAUGUAUGGAAUGAAGUUCUACUAAAAUGGGAUACAUUAAGGGAUUGCUUGUUAGGAAUUAUGUCAAAUACUGGAAACAGUAUUAUUGUUACAACCCGUAGUGACAAGGUGGCAGAAAUCAUGGAAACACAUCCCCGGCAUCACUUAGAAAGACUACCUGAGGCAGAAUGCUGGUCCAUAAUCAAGAAAAAAGUAUCUUCAAUUCCAUUAACUCCAGAUUUGGAGGCUAUCGGAUAUGAUAUUGCCAAAAAAUGUGGAGGGGUCCCAUUAGCAGCAAAAGUCCUAGGAGGGACAAUGGCUCGUAAAAAAGUAAAAAAUGAAUGGUUAGCAAUUCAAAACAAUGAAAUUUGGAAUUACCCACAUGUUAGCCAUGAAAUGUUACCAAUAUUAAAAUUGAGCUUUGAUCAUCUGCAAUCACCAUCUCUUAAAAAAUGCUUUGCAUAUUGUUCAAUUUUUCCUAAAGAUUACAUGAUUGCAAAGGAAGAGUUAAUUCAGUUUUGGAUGGCUGAAGGGUUCCUUCAACCAUCUCAAGGAAGUUGUGUGGUAAUGGAGGAUAUUGGUAACAUGUAUUUUGACAUCUUGUUGGCAAAUUCCUUAUUUCAAGAUGAGAAAAAGGAUGAGUUUGAUAAUAUUAUCAUUUGCAAGAUGCAUGAUUUGGUACAUGAUCUUGCACUCUCAGUUUCAAAAUCUGAGACCUUAUUUUUGAAUAAGGAUUUGGAGGGUGACAUCAGUCACACAAGAUAUUUAUUUGUCAAAUCUGAUGGUAAAAUUAUACCAAGAAUUCCAUCUUCAAAAGACGAUGUUAGGAAAUUGCGCACAUUUGUUUCUAAAAAUGUUGUGCUUGGCAACACGUUAUUAAAUUUUAAUUGCUUACGUGUUCUAAAAUUAAAUGGAAACUCUAUAAAAGAAUUGCCAAGUUCAGUUGGCCUUUUAAUACAUUUGAGGCUUCUCAGCGUCGCAAGUUUAUCCAUCAAGCAUUACCAAAGUCCAUCACCAAACUCUACAAUUUGCAAACUUUAA